CCGCCAUUCCCCGUGCCGAAGACGUCGAUCUCAUGCGUCAUGAUCAUCUUUCUCGCAUUUCCUCCGCAUCGUCGCCGCCCCCCAUGUCCUCCCCCGCCUCCCUGCUUCGUUCUCCUCUCCAGAUCUCGCUACCCCUCUGAAACAUCCCAACCCCAUCUCUCUCUCUCUCUAGAUCCGCCAUUUCCAUCAUCAUAAUCACCAACCCGCCGCAACUUUCCCGAGAAAACCAGAAGCCCCCGCAACAACUUUCCCGGGAAGAAGAAGAAGAAGAAGAAGAAGGGCAAAGAAGAAGAAGAUGUCGCACUCCCACAGCGACACCGUCCCUCUCCACGCCUCCUCCCAGUCCGACAUCGACGAGAUCGAGAACCUCAUGAACGCCACGGUCCUCCCCGCCCGCCCCCCAGCCCCCCGCGCCCAGAUCCCCGUCUCCUCCUCCCCCUUCCCCUCCUCCAUCCCCCCCGAGCCCCCCUCAAGCCCUCCUCCGCCGCCCAGAAGUUCGUGCCCUCCGUGCCAGCUGCCGCCCCCCGGCCGCCCCCUCCGCCCCCCGCCGCCGCUCCCGGCUAGCGGCGGCGGCGGCGCGCGGCAGGGCUUCGAGGCCACCGGGUUCGGGCCGGGCCCGAACACGCUGACGGAGCCCGUCUGGGACACGGUGAAGCGGGACAUGUCGAGGAUCGUGAGCAAUUUGAAGCUGGUGGUGUUCCCGAACCCGUACCGGGAAGACCCCGGGAAGGCCCUGAGGGAUUGGGAUCUCUGGGGCCCCUUCUUCUUCAUCGUGUUUCUGGGUCUCGUGCUUUCGUGGUCUGCGUCGGUCAAGAAGUCUGAGGUUUUUGCUGUUGCAUUUGCACUACUUGCAGCUGGAGCUGUUAUUCUGACACUGAAUGUGCUGUUGCUGGGUGGUCAUAUCAUUUUCUUUCAGAGCCUGAGCCUCCUUGGUUAUUGUCUCUUCCCUUUGGAUGUUGGAGCCCUGAUCUGCUUGUUGAAGGACAACGUAAUACUGAAAGUGAUUGUUGUGUGCGUGACGUUGGCUUGGAGCUCCUGGGCUGCAUAUCCAUUCAUGAGCUCAGCCGUCAAUCCUAGGAGAAAAGCUCUUGCCCUCUACCCUGUCUUUCUCAUGUAUGUAUCGGUUGGUUUUCUCAUAAUUGCCAUAGAUUAAUAAAGCAUUGUCAAGCUCGCCUCUCAUGGUGGUGACCCACAUUAACAACUGUAUCUCAAAUACAUUUACACUGGAGUUUUCCUCGAGAUCAUGUUUGUCAUGAUAUUAUAUUUUUUGCCAUCUCCCUUAUGACUGUAUCCAUUUGGAGCCUUAGUGUGCCGCUACAAUAUAUCAGUCGUCGUCGGAGAGUCUUUUAUAGUCAUAGUUCAUGCCUAGUCAUGGUUCAUGUCAAACCUUUCAGAGUGGGGAUUCGAUAGCUUUUCAGCUCAUGGCUAGAACUGUUAAAUGUACACCCUAUUCAUGUCCAAUGUAUAAAGAGUUGAUAAUCUGAA